AUGAUACACACCAGAGCGUCUGAGAUAGCCGUAAUGAACGUGAGAUGGCUCUGUUCGACGACGUUAAGGCUGGUUAAGAAGAAUAAGUUGCCACCUAGGCCCAAGUUCACUAAGGAGAUGGAGGCCCAGUGCGAAGAGAAGUUUCUACACGGUGGUCGAGGGCCUGGAGGGCAAAAAAUCAAUAAGUGUAACUCGAAGGUCCAAUUGAAGCAUCUGGAGACGGGUAUAGUCGUUACCUGCCAGGAGACUAGAUCUAGGGAGAGUAAUAGGAAGAUAGCAAGGGAAAAGAUGGCUCUGGAGAUCGCCCGGUACUUGAACCCAGAUUCUUCGACAGAUGCAAGGACUGAAGCCCUCCAAAGAUGGGUGGUUCAAGGCAAGAGGGCCAAGGAGAAGAAGAGCAAACUGAAGUAUGCCAAACACGAGGAGGAGAGGCAGUCGAAGCAGCAGGAGUCUUUAAGAAGAGACGCGGCGAUAAUAGAGUCUCUUUGA